CUUGGACUGUGAUCACCUCCUUGAGCUUCAUCAUCAAUCAUCAACAUUCCCGCAAGGAACAACUACCUGGCGAACAAGGCAUCGUCAACAUUCCGUCCUCUACCGCAAAGUCGCUACCCGAGCAAGAGCAGUGCUGUCGACGGUCUUGGACUCUACCAUGCAUCUCGUCCACAAGAUCAUCCUCACCACCCUCCACCUCUCGGCCCUAACAAGAGCUUUGACGUAUUCUCUCGGCCAAGCUAGUCAAUGCGGAGACUUGCAAGUGACCUGGAGUGAUGCGAAGGGCGGGGACCUAAGCCUGGUGGUCUUGCCGACCACGCACGGCGGAUCCAAUGUCGUACAGACGUUCACAAUCCCUUCCACAGUAUCUUCUCCGUAUACACUGAAGAACUUCUUGUUACCCGCCGGGGCCGACUUUGUGGCUGCUCUGUGGGAUGAAGAGGGGGGAUAUGCGGAUUCCAUACCUACGGGGACAAUGACUACCGGCCCGGGCUCAUCCUCGUCUUGUCUCAUCCCCAGUAGCAACCCCUACGUCGACUUCUUCUUUGACUUUGACAAUUUCAACCCGACACAAUGUUCCUCCCUCUCCAUUACCUGGGAAGCGAACUAUACCGCCCCGCUCGAGAUCGUCGCUCUCCAGCCUCCUUCGUCAUCUACUUCCGGCAAGGGCAAACUGCGAAGCUUGUACUCGACCUCGGAUCAGGGUCAAUCGAAGUUCGAUUGGAAAGUCGACGUCCCUUCCGGCGAGACUUUUGCUAUCGUCAUCUUUGACAAAGGCCCGCUGGGGAACGGAGGCAGCUCAGAAUUGAUCACGGUCGGAGGAAGUGGAGAUUCAUCGUGUUUACCAAAGGUGGAUGAGAGCGUGACGACGACGGUGAUUAGGAGUAGUGCGGGAGGGACGGUGUUGCAGACGAUCACGCAGGUCGUUACGCAGCCUGCUUCUGCUGGGUCGGGAGAAGGUGAGGGAAAAGACGGGUCGAACAAAUCGGACGUCCCCAUCGGGGCGCUCGUAGGCGGCAUCAUUGGAGGGUUGGCAGCCAUCACCCUUGUCGCCCUGUUCUUCCUGUGGCGUCAUCGAAGGAGACAAGUCCGGGAUCCCGACCAUCCUCGACAAUCCACAUGGAAGUCUUAUCGCGACGCUACGGUCUUUCUCGGUGGGAUCCCUGGGUACGCUAGAGAUCAGCAGGAUCGUAACAACCACGGCAACACCGCAGGAAGGGGAAGGUCCAGCCCGGAAGGCUAUUCAAAUCAGCCUUUCCUCUCCCCCGACGGAGGUCUGAGUUCGAGCCUGAACAAGCUCACUCCGACAGGGCAGAGCCAGGUGUCGGACGAUUACGGAUUCGACGCUCGGCAUCACGAUGAUGGUUUGGAACAGGACGUCGAGUUGUCUCCUUAUAUGAUGCACGACUCUGGGUUCGACUCGCCGACGAGUCCGACGCCGAUGCGAGGUCUCGGAGGGGUGGCGAGUCCGAGCAGAUAUAGCAGCCUCGAUCGGUCGGGAAGCCCAAGAGAGGGACGUCACCUAGACCCGAAUGACGGCGAAGAGUCGCUUGCUCCGACGCUGCCCUCGCCGAUAGCCGGGACGACCAGAUCUUCUCCCUUGCGCCUGGUGGACGCGGACGAUCGGAUGGACCCAGCCCCGGCCUCGUCUGCAUAUCCUCCAUCGAGGGGGGUCAGCGAAAAGGCCAGACGACACUCCCAGUUCCUACGAGCGGAACGACCGACGACGAUCGUACAGCAUAGCGAUGCUGGAAUCGUCGAGGAAACCGAGGGCACGAGCGCUGGACCCGAGGGUAUCAUUCACUUACCACCGGCUUAUCAAGAGGUGGCGCAAACACCUACUAGUACGACAACGACGCAAUCACGACCGUCAUGACACCGAUUCGAGUGCACCGGGAUACUUCUCCUUGUUCCUCACAAGAUCCUUAUUGUAUCCAUGAGACGAACAAACCUGCUACCACGAGUGGUUCAAGCGACAUGAUGACAGCGAUAUACCUAUAGUUCCGCGCUUUUCGAGUUCCAUGUGGACCUUUCCGGAAGCGUUCUGGGCUGAUCAUAACGUGUAG